AUGUUGUGUAUGUAUAGGUUUGAGGGUAUGCAGUCAAGUAGAGAUGAUGCUGAAAACCCUUCAACAGCACAACUGACAAUUUUCUAUGCUGGGGCUGUUAAUGUAUAUGACAAUGUUUCCAUUGAGAAGGCCCACGCCAUCAUGGUUCUUGCUGGAGAAAACUCUUUGCCAAGACCUAAAGAAAAGCCAUCAACAGAGAUGAGAUCAACACAGCUUUCUGCCUGCAGCUUACAAUCAAACCUUCCAAUUGCAAGAAAGAUUUCACUUCAACAUUUUAUUGAGAAACGCAAAAGCAGGGUGAUGAGCCAGUCUCCUUACGCUCCUCCUGCUAGAAAAGAGAAGGAGAGUGCCCCAAAUGCGAAUGAUCCCACCAAUAUUUCUCUUUUGCCAUUCAUUCUCCUUUAG